CGGUAUGUAAUGUUUGUUUAUGAAUUCAUGAUGAAUUCUGUCAAAUGUCAGCAAAAUUAAUAUGAAUUAAUCAAAAUAAAAAUGACAGGCAGCAUUAAAGUUUUUUAUCGCGUGUAUCCAACCGAAGAAACUGAUUUGGAAAAUGUUGUUAUCGACAAACAAUCCAACAAAGUAUUGGUGCGCCGUUUGCAAGAACUGGCCAAGAACUAUACCGGCUCGAAAAAAAACUUCUGGCAUUUUCAAACUGACGGAGUAUUUCUAGAAGCGCGUCAGGAUCAUAUUUUCGAAAAAAUCGCAUUGGACUUAUUAAACGAUGUCAUGCAAGGAAAAACGGCCGUUAUUACUGCUUUCGGACAAACAGGAUCGGGAAAAACAUUUACGGUUGGCGGUCUGAAUUUUGCAGAAAAGGAUUUCGGAUUGGUACCGAGAAUUGCAUCCGCUGUGUUCGAAAUGAAGCGGGAGCAGCCUAGAAAUAUGAAAGUUUGCAUUGAGAUGUCGUACAUUGAAUUUGAGCGUUCCAAUGCCGUUGAUCUCUUGGACGAUCACGCUAUAACCCAUCGUAAACCGUUUUCUAAAGUCGAAGUCAAGAACGAAUAUCAAGCGUUGAAAUGUAUUUUUCUAGGUGAAGGAAGAAAACGAUUCAACAAUGCUGAAAGUGGCUACGCCUCGAAUCUUUACAGUACCGUGGUCACUUUCUACGUCACCAGGCGCGAUACGGACCUGACCAAUCCCACAAAAGUAGUCUCAAAGCUACAUGUGUUGGAUUUGGUAGGAAAUGCUUACGCAAAAUCGUCGGCCACUCACAAAGAGGCGAAGACCAUCGGUCAAGCGAAUGUUAUCAAGUCGGAACUGGAACAGUUCGUUUUAUGUUUGACGGAAAACAUGCCGGAACGAAUUAAGGUCAAACAACGUACGAAUGUUCUACUUCAUUAUCUAGACGGAGAUCUGUCCAAUCGACACUCUCUGGUUUUUAUAGGGCAUAUUACAAGACUCCGCGCAGACUUGCUGGUAACCUUAUCAUCCUUGAGAUUUGGAGCCAUAGUCAAGGGCUUGAAACCGAAAAUCAGCGAAAAUCCUUACUACAUGAACGAAGAACUGGAGUUGGAGUAUUUAAAAAAAGAACUAAAAGCGUGCCAACGAGAGAAAUACCUGGAUUCGGUCCUUCUCAAUCAGAAUCUCGUUUUCGGCUUGAGCAGUGAGAGGAUCGAGCACGUGGACCGCACGGUUUGCGAUUAUUUGAACAACCAUUUGGACGAGAUGAAAAUGCUAAACGUGGCAGACGCGAAAAUGGUUUUGGAACGUAUGAAAUAUACUUACAAAAGUCGCGAGGAAAGCAUAGAGAGACUGCAAGCGGAAAAUCAACAGUUGAUGGUGAAGAGCGAAUCGUCUUCUUUGAAGAUAAAAUCCUCGAAAUCCUGUACCAAUUCUUCUACUUCUAAAAAUGGAAAAAAAUCCAAAGAGAGUAUGAGUUUGAAGGAGAGAAGAUCCAGCAGCGGCACUCUGGAAAAGAAAGUAAAAAUACCCGCCAGCACCGAGUUUCAUGUUUCGACUGAAGUUUCGCUCACUCACAAAGCGAACAAAAGAAAGUCUACAGUGGAGAACGCGACUAAACGUUCGGGCAGAAAAAGAUCGAUCAGCAAUACGUCGGUGGACAGAAAAGAUUCCAGAGCCAGCAUCAAGAGCAGCUCUAGCUACAAUCCGCCCUUACCCGACCUCGUUACUGACAAUAUGGAGUUGUGGAAACAGUUUACUACAUCUGUCAGUUAUAAAAACACAGUUGAAGAAUACAAAUUCAACGAAAAAGAACUGCGUAGUCAGUUCAAAAUCUAUCUUGCCGAAGUGGAUCGUUUAAAUAAGCUAAAAGACACGCUUGAUAAGUGCAGCCGAGAUCUAGUUGUGGCACAAACCUUUAGAAAAUUCAAUAGUAAAGACGAACUAGAUGAAAAUGGCAAUUUGGUAAUCAGUUUCAGCGAGAAAUCGUGCCAGGAUCAGUUGGAGAGCACGCGCGCUCAGCUUCUCGAUCAGCAAGAGCAAACGUUAAAGUCGCAGGAAGAGUUUAAGAUCUUUUUCGACAAUCGACAAAGUUUGGUGAAGAAACUGCACGCGGAUUUCGACGCGUAUUGCGCGGAGCACAACAACAUGCCUUGUUCGAAUGUUGCCCUCGUCGAAAACGAUUUGCAGCAACUUUUUUCCAUGAAUGCUGAUAUUGAUGCUGAAAAAUUAGGCAGAACUGACGAAGAACUCGUCACUGAAGUUCCGCAUUUAAACGAGAGAAUUAAGAUGAUUAAGUCUCUUCAGGAACUGAUGUUAAACGAGAUGAAAAGGCGUCAGUACGCAAAGGAAAAAAGUAAAAUUCAAUGGAAAAAUAAAUAAUCUUACAUUACAAUCGACCUU